UGAUCUAAGCUGUUUAGGGCAUGAUGGGUGUGUGUGUGUGCGCGUGUGUGUAUGUGUCUGUGUGUGUAUGUGUGUGUGUCUGUGAAAGGGGGGCAGCAGAGGAGGACUUGAGCUGUAUCCGGCGACCUCAUCCCUGCAGGAUUACUGACACAGGAUCCCCCUGGCGCAGAAAUAGCUGGAACUCAAGGGCAAUCCGUCGGAAUAUCACAACUUCCACGCCACCAAUAACAGGAUGUUAAUGCUGGAUGGAAUGCCUGCAGUCAGAGUCAAAGCAGAACCUCUGGAAUCUGAACAAGGGUCUCCUAAAGUGCGCAGCUACCCUGAUAUGGAGGCGGUUCCCCUCCUGCUGAGUAAAGUGAAGUCCGAGCCGCCCGAAGACCUGCUCUCCUCUGACCACUUUCAGACCCAGACGGAGCCCGUGGACCUGUCCAUCAACAAGCCCCGCCCGUCCCCACCCUCCGCCACAGCCUCGCCUGUCGCCUCGGCCUUCUCGCCGUCCUCUUCUUCAUCGUCCUCGUCUUCGUCUUCGUCGUCGCCGUCCGUCAUCACCUCCACUGGCGGCAUGCCCUCGGUGCUCACGCCGGGCCCCCUGGUGGCGUCCCCGCCGUCGGGCGGUGGCGGAGGGGGCAUGAGGGGGCAGCAGUUUUUGCACAUCAUCCACCCGGUGCCCCCACCAGCCUCCAGCCCUGGCAAGAUGCCGCACGGGCACGGUCACGGGCACGGCCACGGCCACGGGCACAGCCACGUGCACCGCAUUCCCGUGGUGGUCCAGUCGGUGCCGCUCAUGUACACGACCGUGCGCUCGCCUGCCAGCCUCAACUCCACCAUCAUGCUGCCACUGCUGGACGACAACAAGAGCCACAUCAAAGCACACACAGACCCCAACGGCCUGUCGCCAAGACAUAUCAAGAGUGACAGCGAUGACGACGACCUGCCAAACGUGACCUUGGACAGUGUUAACGAGACCGGAUCCACGGCACUUUCUAUAGCGCGGGCUGUGCAAGACUCCAUGUCACCGUUUAGUAUUGAGAGCAUCCGACGUCCACAUCGAUCCGAGUCUCCCGACUCCAAGAAGAGGCGCAUCCACAGGUGUGACUUUGAUGGCUGCAAUAAGGUGUACACCAAGAGCUCCCAUCUGAAAGCACACCGGAGGACACACACAGGUGAGAAGCCAUACAAGUGCACGUGGGACGGCUGCACGUGGAAGUUUGCGCGCUCGGAUGAGCUGACACGGCACUACCGGAAGCACACAGGCGUCAAGCCCUUCAAGUGCGCUGACUGCGAUCGCUGCUUCUCCCGCUCCGACCACCUGGCCCUGCACCGGCGCCGACACAUGCUGGUCUGACCGGCGCUGCCCAGCGGACGGUCCACUUUGUCCCACAUACACACAUACAGACAGACAGACACACACACACACACACACACACACACUUACAACAGCACCCCUUAAUUACCGCCUUCCACACAUAAACACACACAUACACGUGGAUAUUCACACAUGCGGCGCUUUUUAGGAGAGCUGGAUCUCUCCCUUGAGAGGCUCAGCUGGGCUGAGCUUCAUUGAUGCCUCUGUGGUUUAUUUGGUCUGCGCUCACACUCAAGUGAGAUGGACAGAGGACGUCCCCUCUCUUAAACACAGACACACACACCUACACACACACACACACACACACACACAAUCACACACACACACACACACACACACACAUGCACACACUCACACACAUACAGUAAACACACACGCCCACCCAACUCUCGUGAAGCAGAGGCACAGCAAGCCAGCUCAGGUGAAAGGUCACCUUGCGCUUGGAGUUCCAGGAAAAAAAAAACAAUUUAAAAAGGAAGAAAAAAAAAACAAUCGUUCACCCUCUUCAGCACUGCUCGGAAAUAUUUGGUGUUUGUUUCCUGAAGGUAGCUGAGGACGUCAUUUGGGCAAACAGAUUUCUACAAAUUUCUAUUCCUCAGUUGAUUUUGGUCUUGUUUUAUUUUUCCUUCUUUUGGCAUCUUUUGCGUUGCUCCUGUUUAAGUGGCUGCUUCUCUGCAUCAUCAUAAUGUGAAGAACUCUGCGGAAUAGGAAAGACUUGUGUGUCACACUUUAUUGUUAUUAUUAUAUAUUUUUUUCAAAAACAAACUAACAACAACAACAACAACAAUAACAACAACAACAAAAACUUGGCCACAUUUCAGACCAGAUCCGGGCCCAAUCUGGGCCACAUGAACAGACACCACAGGGAGGACACGGGCGGGCUCCUCCAGAAACAGUAUUGUUGCACAAUCCCCCAUCUCCACCUGACCCACCCCGCACCUCCGUGUCUGUAGGCUUCACUGGGAGGCUGCCACUAGUCACCACAGGCACAGGGCAGUUCCCAUAGAGACAAGCGAGGCAUCGUUAUGGAAACACAUGAAAAAGGCACCGGCCACUGCUCCGCUUCAGCGGAGAGGACAUGCGGAGGUGAGGAGAAGAAGUGACACACACCACACACAGAAGGUCAGCAAAACAAACCAGCGAAUGAGAUUAUUACUAUAUUAUGUAUCUACAAAAGACACAGGCAGACAUUUACCCUCAUUACAGUUCCAUGGCAAUACAUUCUGUUCUUUAUGACUAUGGGUUGGAUUUUUCUUUGUAGCACACACAAGCUAACAGAUGACAGAUGCUGUGUUCACAAGACUACCAAUUCAGAAGCUUUCAACAGAGGCUACUUACUUAUCACAUUUUUUAUGUCAGAAGGAAAAAAAAAAAACACAAGACAUGUUAAUGGUGCAUUUUGUGCUGUGAUUAGCGAUCAGUAAAGUGCAAUCUCUUCAAAAGUAAAUAUGGUUUUCACUUUUUAGGAACGUUUUUGUUGUUUUAUGUUUGCUGUUUUCUUACUAUAUCUUGCUUGCUUGCUUUAAUAUACCAUCAAUGAAUACACACAUAAAACCAGUCAAUACAUGUUAAUUUCUCUUAUGUAUACCAACACCCCUUAGUUAAAGAAAUUUACUGGUCAGGUCAGCCGUCGGUAUUAAAAUAUACCAACAAAGGUUUCUUUGGUCUGAGUCUACAUGAUGAAAAUGAUGGUUUGGAGUCCUUCAUACACACUCUAGUGCCCAUAUAUCAGUUUCAAUCAGAUAAUGAGCAAUACUAAGCCCUUACCAGAGCAAUUUCCAUCCAGAGUAUGUGCCAGUAGGCUAACUCUAGUUUCUUGGGGUCAUAGACAGUGGAAGAUGAAGAUGUCAUUGUUUGCAGUACAACUUUCACUUUUGUUUCUGCCUCUCAUACACAUCUGAUUGCGUCAGAUUUGUUUGUGUUGGUUCUGGCCAAGAAAAAAUUUGUAUGAGGUUGCCCCCUGUUGGUAUGACUGGUGUACUGCAUCUGAAUGAAACAAGGUGGAACAUUUCAGGGGUUUUGACUCUAGUUUAUUAUUUAAUGGUGGAACAUUAUUGUAAGGGAUUCUUGAUUUUGCUUCCAGAUUCUUCUUCUGCUCAGUCUUGCUUCAGCAUACAGUACAUGCCCUCCAGUGACAGAUGGGCUGGUAGGGAUCACUCCUUCACCAUGUUUGGUGCUGUGUUGAAGAAGACAGAGCAUUGUGUGGGAAAAUCAGUACACCAAACUAGUAGGAAAAUUCAGCACACUGACCUAAUGUGUGUUUUGGCUACAGGACAGAGCCACACAUGUAAUACUGUUCUAUGUGGUUCUGGUAGCUCUCUUACUGUGGACGUUUCCUCUGUUCCUGAGCAGUAAGCAAGCAUACAAUCACAAGGCACUGACAGUACACCACUAUGUCAGAGUCCUUGUUUGAAAGUAAUGAAGUGAAUGCCUUUUUGAGCCAUAUCAAUAACGCUGAGUUGUCAUCUAAAUAACUGUUGUCUGAAUUGGGUGUCAGUGUUGCUGUUUAAGUAACCACACACUACAGUGUCAAUGUGAAGAUAAUAUCCUAAAAGCAAUACAGUAAGCUUGAACAAAAAUGUGUAAUCUUGCUUUUAUGAUCUACUCUUAUCUAACAUGCUCUGGUCAAACUAUUGAAUAAUUUCUGAAUAAUAGCAAGUAGGGACAUCUUUUAUACCAACCCCAUUCUCACUCAUGUCAUAUUGUUAGUUAACUAAAGGUGGUAUGAGUCCAAAACAGAUCACUGUGCAUAGUAACCCAGACAUCAUCUGCCAUGCUGGCAGAUAUUCUGAAGAGUCCCUCAAAUCCUCUGGUUCACACGCACUUUUGGAAAGGCCAGUAAGAGAAAGAGCAGGAAAGCCCACAGGGUAUCGAAAGCACCUUGGAGAACAACAGUGUAGGCCACAGAUAUGUCGUUCAAGCACAUCAGUAUGCAGAUUUUGCUUCCUGAUGUUUUUGUUUUUUUGACCUGAUGUUUUCCCCCUGCAUUUUAAUCAAAUCAGCCAAUGAGUUCCUGGUGGGCCCUCCAAUGAUGUGGUUUCAUAAGGUAGUGUUACAUAAGCAGACUUUCCUAAACUGAGCUAACAGGGAAAGAGAUUACAUCGAAGAUAACAUAUGACCAACUGGUUUGUCACUCUUAGUGUUAUGAAGUAUUAUCUAUUUCAUGUUAUGUUGUUAUAUAUCUACUUGUGUACACGUGAGUAUCAGUUGUAUUGCCCAGCGGGUAAGCAUAUCAUCAGCACCUUGUUUUUUAUAAACUAUGAUUUCGGGGGAAAAAGGAUUUCAGUUAUGGGGGAGGGGAUGUUCAAUCCAACGAUAUUGCCGCUAAUUGCCAUCAAGUCCCAAUAACUUAGCGGUUGAAUACCUUGAUUGAGUUACACAGUGACACAAAAAUGACCAGUAAUGUAUUUUAUAUUCAUAUACUGUACUCUCUGCAAUGCCGGGCACUUCAUCUUUGCAUAUAACUAUUUUCCUGUAAAAAGUGAUCUUUUGAAAAUGUUGUAAUAUAAGUGAAAAUGAAAAUGGAAGUUAUAAAAUCAGAUUUAUAGGCUGUAAAUACCUAUGAAAAUAAUAGGGCUUUUCAUUUCUUUUUUAAUACAAGAAAAUACCUUUAUACGUAUGCAGAUUUUGAGACAUUUGAUUUAUCUAAUUUGAUAUAAAGUGGGGCUAUUAUUGAUUCAUACAGGUUUACCUUGUGAAGAACACAAUUGUAUUGAUAAAAAUAAAAUGUGACAGAACAAUCCAACAAAUGGUUCAUUUUCAGACAGCAGAUUCUGUGUUUGAGAAUCAUUGCUUUCACAGAAUACUCAUUGAUACGUGGUUUGUUGUACAGAUGCACUAUUGAGAUCAUUGUUCUUUUCAGGAAGUUCAAAAGAAACAAAAGUAAAUAAAAUAUUGAUAUACCAAAUGCAUCACAAAUUUUAUACACACGAAAGUGCACUGUGUACUUAUUGGGGAUCUGUUAUAUCUGUGAUAUUAACACAGUGUAAACAUAUCUUUGCUUUGUGGCCAAUCUAAUAUGAUCUCAGCUCUUUGUUUUGUGCUGUUUUUCACAAAAGCAUUGAUGUUCUUGAAUUACAAAUGUGAGUGCAUCAAUAGACAGAUGUUCCACACACUGUAGGUUCAUGCAUUCCUUAAAACAUUCUGGCCUUCAAACCAUGUUUUUUUUUUUUUUUUUUGGAGCAUAAUUUUGUAACGGCAAGCAGGGUCAAAGUUAUGCAAUAAUUAAUAGUGCCUCCUUUAACAGUGUAUUACCUAAAUGUAUGCACAUGAGAGAGAGAGAGAAAGAUAAAUCAAAUGACAACAGAUCAAAUCAAAAAUAUUGUUACAAAAGUAAACUUCUCUCUUGUGAAGGUCCCCAGAGUAAGAGACAUUUUCUAAGCACACACUCAUUCUCUUACACAUGGACACGCAUGGGAACCAACACACACAUUAACAAACAGCUAACCCCUUAACACCUUUAGUCAUUUCUUUCGUUUUCCCCAGUACACUGAAAGCCUUAUCUAUUGCAUCAGUACAGCAAAGAUGUAUGCCAGCUGUGAACACCCAAUGAUUCACCCUUUGCUUUUCCUCUUCCUUCACCAUACUGUAUUUGUCUCCUAUGGAAGCUGCAUAUUAUUUGUAUGGAUGUAUUUACACGAAAGUGCACUGUGUAGACCUCAAAAGAAGAUUAUGGUAUUGUUAGGCUUCUAGUUUUUACCUCUCCAGUGUUGCACAUUUGCAUAUCAUUUUUCUUUUUUUUUUCUUUUUUUAUAUAUUGGUAUACAAGGCAUCCCCUUACAAACAGUAUCUUUCAAAUUGGUUAGUUUUAGACUUGGUUGAACUACGUUUCAUUAUGUACAAUGUUGUACUGCCGUUUUCACACGGAAACUUCUAUUGAAUGUGCUAAGAUGGAUACCAAUCCAACCUUUGAACAGCUCCUCUGUGAAUGAACCGUUCUGAUUUUCUUUCUUGUCAGUUUCUAUCUGUACAAUAUUGCGUUGUCAUCAAGUCUAUUUUUUUUCACAUUUGAAUUCUUAGUUAAUCCAAUGCCUUUGGUUAAAAUGUUACUGAUGUUCUGUAAUUGUUGUUGUUGUAUUUAUGUAUAGUGUGUGUAUUGUAAAUAUAUUCAGAGCUUUUUGUUUUACUGUAAAGUUGUGAUAUAUAGUAUAUAUAUAUUUUUUGCCCUGCAGCGCUUCAAAGGGAUUCCCCUUAUCACUGAGUCCAGUCUAAUGAUCUAAAGUCCCCAAUCUUUACAGAGGUUGAAGGAAAGCGUUUCUUAUUUCUUUUUACCAUCAUUUCAUUCUCCAAAAAAAGAAGUCUGAAUAUUCUGUCUGUGCUUUUGCUUUUUCUCUGUACUUUUGUUCCAUAUGGAUUGAGCUGUGAAUUAAAAUUGAGUUCAAACAUAUACAUGUAUAGUAAUUUGAAUGGAGGCAUGAAGUUAAAUAAAGUUGCAUUUUGUAUGGAAAUCGUGUCUCCGGCCUCCCCUUCCAUUGCUAGUGUACUUGAGUUCACCUGGCAAGCAUUGCAUUGUACCCCAAGCCUCAAUAGGGGCUUUAAAGGAUUAGCCCUAUACAAUGAAACCAAACAAUAACUUUCAGAGUGAGUGAGUCACUCUAUGGAUUUGUCCAGUGAAACCAGAAAACUGUUUGCACUUGGCACAAACUAGAUGGCUGCGGAUCAUUUCACACUAGUGGAAUCAUGUCAUGGGAACUGAGCAAGCACUUCUCCAGAGUGUGGGACCUGAUCUAGUAUGGCUCCUUCUUGCCCCUGGGGCCGUUUGUCACCUGAUGGAUGGACAAACACUUGUGUCUUCAGCUUUUGUGCUGUCAGGGAUCUCCUUUUGUUCUGCAAAAAUAUAAAUAAAUAAACUCACUGCUAUCCAAGCAGAAGAGACUUGGCUCAAGA